AUGGUUGCCGUCGUCACCGGUGGAAGCUCCGACAAUGCCCUCGCUACCAAUGGUGCCAGCAGAGUCUAUAUUCUGGGCCACCGGAAAGAGUCUUUCGAUGACACAGCCGACAUACGCCCCGGUAUCAUCUUUCCUAUCGUCGCUGAUGUAGGCUCCAAAAACUCUCUCGCCGCCGCCGCUGCAGACCAGAUUUAA